AGGCCCUGAGCGUCAUAGGUGAGUGCAGCGGGGAACGAUACUGUUUACAGACACAGCAACAGACGAUUGUAACUCCUUACAGGACGCAACCAGGGAUGUUAAAAUGCCAAAACUUUUGUUUUCAAGGAUUCGUUUCUACGAAAUUAAGGACCUAAUGCAAAAUGUGAAGCGGCCCAGAAGAAUUGAUAUUGUUCUCAAUCGUAAGAGGCACAGGAAGGACAUCCAGUGCCUCAGGGUAGAAAAACUACAUGAUGAGACACAAACAGCCAAACUCAGUUGCCAGGCUGAGCAUAAACUUCACCCAACUCUGGAAAAACUGCUACGGAAUAAAAGGUAUUUAGCAGCGUUCCGCGACUUCCUGCGAUCUGAGUUCAGUGAAGAAAACAUUGACUUCUGGCUCACAUGUGAAGACUUUAAGUCGACCGCCUCACCGGACGACCUCCGCUGGAAAGCAGAGGAGAUCUACCAGGAGUUCAUCCAGCCCACGGCCCGCAGAGAGAUCAACGUUGACCACCGCAUUAGAGAGAAGAUAAAGAAGUCUUUGGAGGAGCCGAGCCUCUCCUGCUUCGACGAGGCCCAGAAACACGUUUACCUGCUGAUGGAAAGAGACUCUUGCCCCAGAUUCCUGCUCUCAGACGCCUACCUGAAUCUGAAGCACAAAUCCAGGAGUCUUUGGUACAUUUAGCUGAGAAACAAGGUCAUCAAAACAUUGUAUCAGAGCUGCUUUUCUAAUCCUCCUUGUCCGUCUCUUCUUUUCUGAAAAGCUAUUUCACGCAGCGUGAGGGGUGACGAUGAUGUAUUGGUGAAAUGUUGUGGAAAAUAAAGCAGGACGAACACCGUAAGUGGAAAAAACAUGUGCUGGCUUGAGUCAGUGUUUAAGGCGAUUGUGCCGAGUUUGGAGCUUUGUGAGAUACUGUAUGUGUUAACUGAAAGUCUCAGCAAGUUAAGGUGCGGUGUACGAAUGAUGAGAAAUGAGAAAUGAAUUGUUUCUGACACGCAGAAUAAAAUGACCUACAACUUUGGACACAUUUCAGCAGAUGAUUGCAAGCGUUCACACUUUAUCUGUAGCUGUUCUUAAUAUUCUGACUGUUUCCAUGUGGUCAGAGUUUAGAGACUGAUUUAUAAUUAUCUGACUGACUGUCUCGCUGGAGACGUGGGGAUGGGCAUGAGUCAAAAAAAAAAAAAAAAGAACAGUUUCCACAGCUCACCCAGCACACACAUUCUGUUUUUGGUCACAUGUCUGAUAUAUCCUCUAAUUAGGUGCAGAGAUGACUCCACACACCAGCAACAGGGUUUACCAAGCUGGAAAAAAGUAACCCCACGGUAACCCUUGAUCCCACUCGGCUCUCUAAAUGGCCUUAUUCGUAAAGAAUGUGCCUUAAAAAGGAGUCCUGAGGCGGCUAAUAAUAACUCAGGGGCUUAAACGACAACACUGCAGUCAUCGGACAACCUGAUGCGUAACAGAUCAGCCUGAAUGUGCUGCCUUGUUAGGGGAAUAAUCUCAUCAGACAGACAAUGACGGCAGAGACACACAUGUUCUUUACUUUGGGAAAUGAUUCACAGAAAAGCAUUCAAAGUGGAGACAAGCUUUUUUGCAUGUCAUUGAAAUAAAGAUGUAUAUUUUA